AUGAUACCGAAGCUUGUCCUCGUGGCCGUCUGCCAUGUGGCUGGAGCGCUGGAGGCGACGGAAAACGACCAUGCCUCUUUAGUGCAGUCCGCAGCAAGCACGCACCCGGCCUUGCAGGCAAGACCGCGGAAGCUGCACCUCCUCAGCCAUCGGAGUUGCUCUCAGGACCCGAUCUCCGAUGGCUGCGGCGGAGCUUCAAAGGCAAUCGAGACUUUGCGGCGUAUUGCCGGCAACUACACGCAGAUUGAUGCUGCUCAUAUCUACGACAGAUUGCCCGACGAGCUCAUGAACGAUCCGCGCUGGCAAAGGCAUGUGUCGUCGAAUGUCCGGGGCAGAGGCUACUGGUUCUGGAAGGCAGCGCUGUCCAAGAUGCUUCUCGACAAGGGAGAAAUGCAGCUGGGCGACGAUCUCCUCUAUGUGGAUACAGAUGCUUUGGGUGAGUUGGGCCACCUCUUGAAAAUGCGAGAGGAAACAACAGAGGAUGUCGUCAUCCGGAAGCAGCCGCACUGCGAGCACGUCUGGACGAAAGGCGAAAUCUUUGAGCGUUUCAACACGACCUGGGACAACCCGCACUACGGCCUCACGCAGCAGCCAAAAGCCCAGGCUUACUUGAUGCGGCUGAACGCACGAACCUCACGUUUGCUGCGGACUUGGGAGAUGCUCCUGCAGGACUUCCAUCUGGUGUCGGAUGAACCCUCCAGGAAUACAGCACUCGAUGGUCCCUGGCACAAGCGGAAAGAGAAUCGCCAUGACCAAAGCCUGCUCUCCAUGGUCAUCAAGGCAAGCGUGCCAAAAUCCGGCACCUGCAAGGAGCCGGACUUUGAUUGCGAUAACCUGGGACAGCGCGAUGAGACAGCAGGGUGGUCGGUGCACCAGGAGCUCGGUGUACCAGGUCUGACGGUCAGAUACACUUGA